AUGGCCCUAGACCUGUUGAUUAUUCCUCUAGUUGAGGAGAUGCCUGAGAGGAAUACUGCUACAUGGAACACUAUGAUUGAUGGAUAUGCAAGAAUGGGGAAUUUCGAUUCUGCAGAGUUGUUAUUCAAUCAGAUGUCUGUAAGGGAUAUAAUCUCAUGGACAACCAUGAUCACUUGCUAUUCUCAGCACCAGAAAUUUAGAGAAGCAUUACCUAUAUUUAAUGAAAUGACGAGUAAUGGGAUUCAUCCUGAGGAAGUGACCAUGGCAACUUUGAUAUCAGCUUGUGCCCAUCUUGGAGCCCUUGAUUUAGGAAAGGAAAUUCAUCUUUAUAUAUUGCAGAAUGGAUUUGAUGUUGAUGUUUAUAUUGGGUCUGCGCUUAUUGAUAUGUAUGCCAAGUGUGGGAGCUUAGAUAGGUCACUUUCAGUGUUCUUCAAGUUGCGGGAGAAAAACUUGUUUUGUUGGAAUUCAGUUAUAGACGGGCUUGCAGUUCAUGGGUAUGCAGAUGAAGCGCUAAAGAUGUUUAGGGGAAUGGAGAGGGAGAAGAUCAAACCUAAUGGAAUUACUUUUAUUAGUGUUCUAAGUGCCUGCACUCAUACAGGACUUGUUGAAGAAGGCCGAAGGAUGUUUUUGUGCAUGACAGAUGAUUACUCAAUCCUUCCUGAAGUUGGACACUAUGGAUGUAUGGUUGAUCUAUUGAGCAAAGCAGGCUUGCUUAAAGAUGCACUAGAGUUGAUAAGAAGCAUGAAAGUUGAACCAAACAACAUUAUAUGGGAGGCCUUGUUAGGUGGGUGCAAGCUCCACAAAAACUUGGAGAUUGCUCAAGUUGCUGUUAAGGAAUUGAUGGCUUUGGAGCCAAACAACAGUGGCCAUUACAAUCUUCUGGUUAACAUGUAUGCUGAAGUGAAUAGAUGGGGUGAGGUUGGAAAAAUCCGGGCAGCCAUGAAGAAUAUAGGAGUGGAAAUGAAAUGUCCUGGAUCCAGUUGGAUUGAAAUGGAAAGGAAGAUUCAUCAGUUUGCAGCAACUGAUAAAUCUCACCUAGCUUCUAGUGAAAUUUACCUAUUGCUGGCUGAAUUAGGUGGGCAACUGAAGCUAGCUGGCUAUGUACCUGAACUAAUUUGGAGGGAUUUAGCGUGAGCUGCUUACACCUUUUGGGGCAUAUGUAACAUAUUAUUCUUUGGGGUUCUUUACAUAGUCACCCCCGCUCAAUUUGUUGGUAAGAAUUGACCAUAAUCAUUCGAAAAUAUAAAAAGAAGCUGAAUGGUUUCUUUGCCAACAUAUAAACAAAAGCGAAGAGAAAAAGAUUA